AUGCAUAUUAAGAAGAUCAUUAUUCAAGGUUUCAAGACCUACAAGAACACGACGGUGAUUGACCUUUUAUCGCCGCAGCAUAAUGUGGUGGUUGGUCGAAACGGUAGUGGUAAAUCGAACUUCUUUGCUGCUAUUCGAUUUGUUUUAUCGGAUGCCUAUACUCAUAUGACCAGAGAAGAAAGGAAAGGUCUUAUUCAUGAAGGAUCCGGUAAUGUUAUGUCUGCGUAUGUGGAGAUUGUUUUCGAUAACACUGAACGAAGAUUCCCGAUCUCUAAAGAUGAGAUAGCGGUGAGAAGAACCAUUGGGUUGAAAAAGGAUGAUUAUUCAUUGGAUGGGAAAUCGGCAACCAGGUCUGACAUAAUGAAUUUGUUAGAAAGUGCCGGUUUUUCCAGAUCAAAUCCGUAUUAUAUUGUUCCUCAGGGUAGAAUCACUGCGUUGACCAAUUCGAAGGAUGCAGAAAGAUUGAGUCUUUUGAAGGAAGUUAGUGGGGCCAAAGUCUUUGAGUCCAAGCUAAAGGAGUCUAUGAAGGAAAUGGCCAAUUCCAAUUACAAGAAACAGCGUACUGAAGAAGCUCUACAAUCUCUUGAUGCUAGAUUAUCUGACUUACAAAUCGAAUCGACCGAUUUAAAAGAAUAUCAAUCUUUGGAGAAAAAUAAAAAAUUAUUAGAAUAUAAGUUAUUUGAUCGUGAAUUGAAUACAUUAAAUACCAAAAUUGAACAAAAUGAAGAAGAAUAUACUGAUUUGUUAGAAAACUCUAAGCAAGAUAUCGAAGAUUUAAAUUCUAGAGAAGCACUAUGUCAACAGCUCAUUGAUUCGAUUGGUCAAUUGAAAACUGAUUUGAAAGUGGCAACUUUGGAGAAACUGCAAACUGAUAUCGAUUCAAAUCAACUCUAUCAACUCAUCGCAGAGAAAGAAGUCGAAGUAAAUAACUUGAGGGCUAAUUUAAGUUCAGUUGAACAACAGUCCAAGUCAAAUGAGUCUCUGGUUUCUCAUUAUAAAGAUCUUAUUGUCAAACACGAAUCUAAAAUAGCUGAUUAUAAACCCAAGCUUAGAUCAUUACAGGAACACGAAACAGAAAUCAAAUUAAAGUUAGCAGAGUUACAAACUAAACAAAGAGCGUUAUAUUCUAAACAAAGUCGUUUUUCUAAAUUCACCACUCAAAAGCAAAGAGAUGAUUGGUUGCAGAAAGAAAUUAAAUCUUUGAAACAAGAUCUAAAAACUAAACAAACUUCCAUUGAUCAAAUUCAAGAAAAAAUUACCUCCCAUAAGGAAGAAUUAUUCGAAUAUAAUAAUAGAAUAAAUGAAUUGAGUGAAGAAUUGAAUGGGAAUAAUCAUCAAAGUCAAAAAAUUGAUCAACUUCAAACUUCUGUUAAUGAAUUGCGUGCCCGAAUAGUUGAACUUACAGAUCAAAGAAAACAAUUAUGGCGUGAUGAAAUCAGAUACAAGAGUUUCCAAGACCUGAUAGAAAACGAUCUUAAUAAUGCCACUCACCAAGUCAAUCAAACUAUGGAUCGUGCCCAAGCUAAAGGUUUGGCAGCUGUGAAGAGCAUUACCGAAAAACUUAAUCUAGGAGAAUCGGUUCAUGGCCCAUUGGCUGAAUUAUUCCAUGUAAGUGAUAAAUAUAAAGCUUCAGUUGAAGUAGUUGCUGGUAACUCACUUUUCCAUGUUGUGGUUGAUAAUGAUAAAACCGCGUCUAUCAUCAUGAAUGAAUUGGUAAGAACCAAUGCUGGUAGGGUCACUUUUAUGCCUUUGAAUCGUAUAAAAGUUCCCGAACACACUGAGUAUCCAAAUCCUCAAGAAAAUGAAUGUAUUCCUUUGAUUGAUAAAAUCAAACACGAUAAACAAAAAGUUGGAAUAGCCAUGAGACAAGUCUUUGGGAAAACUAUUGUUUGUAGUAAUUUACAAAAAGGUUAUGAAUUGGCCAAACAAUUCAAACUUAAUGCCAUUACCCUAGAUGGUGAUAGAGCAGAUACAAAGGGUACUUUAUCGGGUGGAUUUAGAGAUUAUAAAAAUUCAAGAAUCGAUGCCUUAAAAGUUCAAUCUAAGAAAAAGAAAGAAUUGAUAAAAAUUCAACAGGAAUUAAAUAAAUGUUCUGAGAACAUUGAUGCAGUUAACCAAGAAUUGAAUAAUGUUAACAAUGAAUUACAAACCAAAGUUCGUGAUUUGGAUCAAAUAGUAUCUUCUCGUGAACCAAUUAAAACAGAAUUAUCUCAAUUAAGCAAUAAAAAAUUCAAUUUAGAACAAGAACUUAGUUCAUUAGAAAUUAGCCUGAAUUCCCUCAAUAUGACAAAAAAGAAUUUACAAACAAAUUUAGAUCAACAUCAAGCUGAAUUGAAAUCUUCAUUUACUCAAAGUUUGAGUGAUGAAGAACUCACACUUUUGCAACAAUUAAAUAAUCAAAUCAGUCAAACUGAAAAUGAGUUGGAUGAAGUUGUUACCGAGUUAUCCAGCAUUGAAGGUUCUAUCUCAACCAUUGAAUCCGAAUUAAAUAAUAAUUACGUGCCUCAUUUAAAUAAGUUACUUGAUUCCUCUGGCCAUUCAAAUCAUCAAUUAAGCGCUUUAGAAUUAAAAAUGUUAGAAAACGAAUUACGAGGAUUGAAAAAACAAUUUGAUAGCGUUGAAUCUAAAAAAAUAGAAUCAAAUCAAGCUUUCCAAAAUCUUCAUGAUGAACUCAAUAAACAUGAGGAUAUGUUAAAAGAUGCUAAUCAGCAACAAAUUAAUAUCAUGAAGAAACUUGAAAAAUUUUCUAAAACAAGUGAACGAAGUUUAUCUAAAAAAUCGAUACUAUAUCAACGCCGCGAUGAGGUUAGUAAGAAAAUCAGUGACUUGGGGGCAUUGCCAGAAGAAGCAUUCUUAUCAACAGAACAUAAUGACAAAAGUCCUGAUGCCAUCUCAAAUGAAUUGAACUCCAUUAAUCAAGGAUUGUCUAAGUUCUCCCACAUUAAUAAGAAAGCCAUGGAGCAAUUUAAUACCUUCACUCGUGAAAGGGAAGAUUUAAUGAAACGAAAAGAUGAGCUAGAAAAGUCUCGAGAUUCGAUCGAACAAUUGAUUCAUAAAUUAGAAAAGCAAAAAGAUGAAGCCAUCAGCAAAAGUUUCGAACAAGUAUCUAAAAGUUUCCACGAAAUCUUUGAAAAAUUAGUUCCUGCUGGUGUGGGUAAUUUAAUCAUGCAAAAGAAAAGACAAACGGCCUCCGAACCAACCGCAUCUGAUGAAGAAAUUGUCGUCAACAUUGACAAUUACGUGGGUGUUUCGAUCUCGGUAUCAUUCAAUUCCAAGCACGAUGAACAGCAAAGAAUUGAACAAUUAUCCGGAGGUCAAAAGUCUCUAUGUGCAAUUGCACUUAUCCUUGCAAUUCAAGAAUGUGAUCCUGCCCCAUUCUACUUAUUUGAUGAAAUCGAUGCCAACUUAGACACCCAGUACAGAAUUGCCGUCGCUUCAAUGAUUAGCAAAUUGUCCCAUUCCGCUCAAUUUAUUUGUACCACCUUCAGACCCGAAAUGUUGCAAGUUGCAAACAACUUUUAUGGUGUGAUGUUUGGUAAUAAAGUCAGUACUGUCUCUGAAAUCAACCGGGAAGAAGCAAUGUCUUUCGUGGAGGGCCAGCAACGUCGUUGA